AAAUUAAAUUAUUCGCCGUGGAUGGUUGGAAUAAAGCAGUGUCAGCGAAUCAUCUUUCUCGAUAGUUUAUCAGAUACUAGAUAGCAUUGAUUUAAUAUCUUCAGUCAGCAGAAUGCGCUUUGCGUACGCCGGUAGAAUUAUCGUAGAUCAUGACAUUGGGCUCAUCUUCUUGCUGCUACAUGUAUGCAAUUUUGAAGCUUGAGGUUUUUUUGCAUAACGAUACAAUAUACCAAGUAACAAUUGCAAGCUUUUUAUUUGAAGGUGGUCCAGUCUAUAGCAUCUCUGCGUAUCAAGCACUCAAUAAGUUUCUAAAGUUUAUAGUGUAUACACAUACAACUGACAAAGUUUCAAGCACCUCACAACACUUGUAUUAUCACGCCUUUCAGCGAUUGAUAGUGGUCACAAUAUGAAAACUGCUGUACUACCAGCUCACAUCUGGGGCGAAACUCUAGGCGUCUACAUAGCAAGUUGUCUGUGCACUUCGAAAUGGCGCCGCGCAUUCCUCAAGUUGGCAUCACAGGCAAAGUUGCUUCAUCUGCUGAUAAAUCUGUCGGGUUUACUGGCCACAUCAAAGCGACCAUUAUACAAGUCGACAUAAUUGAGAUACCUUUCGCGAAGAAGUUCUGGAAGACUGUCGACAAGUUUUUCUGUUUUUGUUUUCUUCUCUACCCGCUCAUUAACUUUUUUCGCUGGUGUUUGCUCAUUAACCUUUUUCGCUAGUGUUUGCUCAUUAACCUUUUUCGCUAGUGUUUUGUCUGUUGCAUGUAUGCUUUCCCAACGUUCUGAUGCUUCAACCAACACCUUGAGGUAGAUAGAUGGAGGUAUCUUUUCUCUUAAGAGGUCAUAGGCGCUGUAGCGAUUCCACACUAUUCUCCAUGUACGAUAAU